CACAGCCAGCACAAUGGCCUUUGAAAGCCUGUUCUCCAAACCCCCAAACCCAGUUCUUGACCCAAACAUGCCCGACUCUGACAGGCAACAUGCAGGGGACGAAAGAGAAGAUGGAGAGCUGGAAGAUGGGGAAAUAGAUGAUGCAGCCUAUGAGGAUGUGAAGGAACAUGGCUCAAAAGGGGAUGACAAGCAGAAGAAUGAGAAAGGACACAGGAAAUCCAGGAAAAAACGCAAAAAAGAGAAGGAAAAGAAAAAAUCCAAGAGGAGAAGACGGGACAAGCACAAGCAUAAUUCCCCUUCCAGUGAUGACAGCUCUGACUACAGCCAUGACUCCGACCUGGAGCGCUCGGAAAGGCCACACAAAAAGAGCAGCAGCUCUUCCUACAGGGAUUAUGAUUCCUCUUUCAGUCAGCAUGGCCAUGUGUCAGGGAAUUACAUGAGUUCCCAGAAAAUGCAGCAUAAAAAAAAUGUCAAAAGUAAGGAGUAUGAUGACUACAGCCAUUACAGUGAUGAAAACUUUGGGAAUUACAACGAGGAAGACAAGGAUGAGGAUUUUGCUGACCAGCUCAAACAGUACAGACAGGCUAAAGAAACCUCCAGUGGAGAUUUGGGACCUCCAUUCUCAAAGGAACCCCUGAAAAAGCAGGGCAUGAAAGGCAUCCAGAAAGGCAUUUCUCAAAGAGGGAACAACUACAAUGUUGGCAGAGGACGUGGAAUGCAGAAGAAGUUGAAGCGGAAAGAUCGUGGAAGGGGCAGAGGAGGCAAUAAGGGAUCUGAUGGAUUUCAUGAGGAUGGCAAACCUGUGAAGAAAUGGGUCAACAUGAGUCAGGAGUUCAUCAAUCAGCACACAGUGGAGCACAAAGGCAAACAGAUCUGUAAAUAUUUCCUGGAAGGGAGGUGUAUCAAGGGAGAACAGUGUAAAUUUGAUCAUGAUGCAGAGAUUGAAAAGAAAAAGGAAAUCUGCAAGUUCUACAUCCAGGGUUACUGCACCAAAGGAGAGAACUGCAUUUAUUUGCACAAUGAAUUCCCUUGCAAAUUCUACCACACAGGAGCAAAAUGCUAUCAAGGAGAUAAGUGCAAGUUCUCUCAUGCUCCUCUGACUGCAGAAACUAAGGAACUCUUGGAUAAGGUGUUGAAUAAUGAGGAGGAGCCCCAGAAUGAGGAUGAGAAGGAGCUAGAGGAGCUCCGGAAGCGCGGUAUCGUCCCUCUUCCAAAGCCCCCGCCCGGCGUCGGACUCCUGCCAACCCCUCCAGAGCAAUAUCCCUUCUCUGAGUCUGACAUGGAAGGUUAUCAAGAUCCUUCAGGAGAUUAUAAGAAGAUUCCAUCUCUGUUUGAAAUAGUUGUGAAACCCACCGUGGAUUUGGCACACAAAAUUGGGAAGAAGCCACCAACAUUCUACAACAGCUCAUCACCCCCACGGCCACCGUUCCAGGGCAAUGACCCCCACUCCCAGCACAUGUACAAUCCAGGCUCCAGCCCAGGGCCAGGCCCUGGCAUGGCCCAAGGACACAAUGGCCCUCCAAUGCAUCCUGGCUCUCCUGGCCAUCAUCCAUGCGGAGGGCCUCAGGGGCCGGGAAUGCCGCAGAGCCCUCCCAUGCAGGGAGUUCCCCCAGGAUACAUGGGUCCACAGAACCAGACUGGAAUGCCCAUGCAGGGGCAGCAGGGAGGGCCACCCCUCACCCCACCAGGGCUUGGGGGGUCCUACAAUGCCCCCGGAGUACAGGGACACAUGGUGAACAUGCCAAGGGACAACCAUUGUCCCCCAGGGCCACAGUACCAGCAGAUGCCUGGGGACAGGCAGCCCAACAUGAACUAUGAGCCCAUGCAGAACCCAGCUGACUUCUAUGACAACUAUUAUUCCCACCAAGCUGUGCACAACUUCCAGCCAGCAAAUAACUCUGGAGAUGGAACAUGGCACGGAGAAUUCCCAGACCACCAGGCUCACCUGAUGGCUCAGGAGUCACACCAAGGCGGGAGCGAGUCGGAAUGCCUGAGUGGCCACAUGGGCCACAAACAGGCCAUUAAUGUUCCAGAUUUCCUCCCAGCCAUGCAGAAAGCCCUUUAUGUGAGGCUUAGCCAAAAGCAUCAGCGAGAUGGAGAUGCCGUCAGUAGCCAAGGCCAGAGGGCCAUGAGCAAAGAUGAAGAUGACAAUGUGAAUUGGUAUUCCAGCAGUGAGGAGGAGGAGGGAAGCAGUGUUAAAUCAAUACUCAAAACCUUAAAGAAACAAAGCGAAAACUUCAGGAAUCGGCAACAACAUUCCACGGAGCAGCACAUGCUUGGAAUUCCUACAGAUCCCAGGCUGGCCAAAGACAAAGGUGUGGGGCCUCAGGCUGCUGACCCGAGACUUAGGGCUUCUCCAAGGCCCAAUCCCAGGAAGCCUUCCGAGUCGGCAUCCUUGGACCCGCGGCUGGCGCGGGAUCCGCGGAUGCACAAGGUGAGCGAGGGAGGCCAUGCCAGCUCCAAGCUGGAUAUCCAUCACGUGCACACUGGAGUUAAAGUCAAGCAGAAAGGGAUGGAUGAUGAUGAGGAGGACUCGGAAAGGGAACUGAGGGAACGAGCUUUCCUCAUUCCCUUGGAACCUCUGCCUGGUGUCACGUUAAGGGAUCCCCGAUCCCAGCUUCGGCAGUUCAGCCACAUCAAGAUGGAUGUAACCCUGAUGAAACCCAACUUUGCCAAGCACAUUGUCUGGGCUCCUGAGGACUUGCUACCAAUCCCUUUGCCUAAGCCUGAUCCCGUUUCUUCCAUCAAUUUACCUCUUCCCCCUCUCAUUGCUGACCAGAGACUGAAUAAACUGCGGAAUCUGAAGGGUGAUGCACAUCCGAGCACGGUGCCAGCUGACCCCCGGCUCGCUGCCAAGGCCAAAAACAGCCUCACAGCCCGGAGCAGCUACUUGGAUCCAUCCACAGAUUCCCACACCAGUAGCUCCAGCAAACUGGGGGAUCCCCGCUUGCAAAAAAACGUGGAUCCCAGACUCCACAGACUGUCGAGCACAGACCAUGGAGUUGGGAAGGAUUCCCACCCUUCUAAGUUUGACCCACGCCUCGCCAGAGCUGCCGCCAGCUCAUCCCAGCCCUCGGAAGCUGCGACUCCCAAAGCCGAUCCUGAUGCUUUGCCUCCCUAUGCGCCCAAGCUAUCGUCGAGCGGUGUCAGGCUGGGAACUCCUGGCUCCAUCCUGAGUGGGAUUAGUCUGUAUGAUCCCAGAGAUCACAGCUCAUCCUCGGACACAGCUCCAGCUAGUUCGGGAGAGAAUGGAGAGAACCAGAAAAAAAGUAUCUUGAAAAAUUCGGGGAAAAACGAGCCUGGCAUCCCGGAGGAUGCAUCCCUGCAGAAGGCUGCCUCCAGUGUGGAAAAACCCACGGAAGGCUCAGCAGAAGCUGCUUCAGACAAAGCCAACAGCACCAGUAAAUCUCAGGCUAAACACUCCAGUGCUGCUCCGGCGGUGCAUAACCUCCCGAUCCAGGCUUUGUCGGGAUUAAUCCGGCCACAGUACAGCGAUCCCAGGCAGGUGAGGCAGCCCGGACAGGUUCCACCAGCGCCGGAUCCCGAUCCCAACGGGGAGUCGGAUGAUAAAUCCCUCAAAGAUGUUUUCAAGACUUUUGAUCCAACUGCUUCCCCAUUUUGUUAG